AUGUCGUCGAGCGCCGCAGAGCAACAGCCCCAAGAGGCUGCUGCCACUGCUACACCAAAGGCACAAGAGACCUCCGCCGCCGCGCCGGCAGAGCCUGCGCUACCCCCGUUGUCGCCGGCCGAGUUUAGAGUGUACAACCAGAUGGCGGAGAAGAUGGAUUACUUUAUCCUCUCCGUUACCUUUGCUUGGAGCUUCGUAGUACCCCGCCACCGUCGACCCCCGCCAUCACCAAGUUUCUUUACCUCACCAAAUUACAUCCUCCUCCUGUCAUGGGCAUGCGCUGACCACAAUGCUACCCAGCACAACCACUUCCGCGCGCAAUGGACAAUCCUGCACGACGCCGCGACCUCGGGCCGGCGCCCGCGCAACAUGUCGCUCAAGCAGUUCAUCGACACAGGGCUGCAGUUCGCGCAGCACCUGACGGCGCACCACGGGAUCGAGGAGCGCUUCGUGUUCCCGAUGCUGGCGCGGCGCAUGCCCGAGUUCCGCGCGGGGCGCAAUGCGGACGCGCUGCUGCAGCAGCACCGGCAGAUCCACAAGGGCAUGGACCAGUUCGAGGCGUACCUCAAGGCGUGCCGCGCGCGCGAGACGGAGCUGGAGCUGGGCGUGUUGCGGGAGAAGAUGGACAGCUGGGGCGAGGUGCUGUGGACGCACCUGGACCAGGAGGUCAAGACGCUCGGGGCGGAGAACAUGAGGCGGUAUUGGACGAUGGAGGAGGUGAGGAGCAUGCCCAUGUGA